ACUAUGGAGACUAAGGACCAGAAGAAGCACAGAAAGAAAAACAGUGGGCCUAAAGCUGAGAAGAAAAAAAAACGGCAUCUGCAGAAUCUCCAACUUGGAGAUGAAGAAGAUGCCCGGAAGAGAAAUCCCAAAGCUUUUGCAGUUCAGUCUGCUGUGCGAAUGGCUCGAUCCUUUCACAGGACUCAGGAUUUGAAAACAAAAAAGCAUCACAUACCAGUGGUUGACCGAACUCCACUAGAGCCCCCACCAAUAGUGGUAGUUGUAAUGGGGCCUCCAAAAGUUGGAAAGAGCACUUUGAUACAGUGCCUCAUUCGGAACUUCACCAGGCAGAAAUUGACUGAGAUCAGAGGUCCUGUGACGAUUGUGUCAGGUAAAAAGCGCAGACUCACCAUUAUUGAAUGUGGGUGUGACAUUAACACGAUGAUUGAUCUGGCUAAAGUAGCUGAUCUGGUGCUGAUGCUUAUAGAUGCUGGCUUUGGGUUUGAAAUGGAAACAUUUGAAUUUCUAAACAUCUGUCAAGUACAUGGCUUUCCUAAAAUUAUGGGAGUUCUCACCCACCUAGAUUCCUUCAAGCAUAAUAAGCAACUGAAGAAGACAAAGAAGCGAUUAAAACACAGGUUCUGGACAGAAGUCUACCCGGGUGCCAAGCUGUUCUACCUUUCUGGGAUGGUGCAUGGAGAAUAUCAAAACCAAGAGAUUCACAAUCUGGGCCGUUUUAUUACAGUUAUGAAGUUUAGGCCUCUCACAUGGCAAACUUCUCACCCCUAUAUCCUGGCAGACAGGAUGGAAGAUUUGACAAACCCAGAGGAUAUCCGAGCAAACGUCAAGUGUGACCGAAAGGUGUCUCUGUACGGUUAUUUAAGAGGAGCUCACUUGAAAAAUAAAAGCCAAAUUCAUAUACCAGGUGUGGGAGAUUUUGCUGUGAGCGAUGUCAGCUUCCUCCCAGACCCCUGCGCUCUUCCUGAACAGCAGAAGAAGCGUGGUUUAAACGAGAAGGAGAAGCUGGUUUAUGCACCUCUCUCUGGAGUUGGGGGUGUUCUGUACGACAAAGAUGCUGUCUAUGUCGACCUUGGUGGCAGCCACGGUUUUCAGGCAUCGGACAAAGUGGGGCCCACCCACGAACUGGUCCAGAGCCUCAUCUCCACUCACUCCACUAUUGAUGCCAAGAUGUCUUCAAGUAGAGUGACACUGUUUUCUGAUUCCAAACCACUGGGGUCAGAGGAUAUAGAUAACCAAGGGCUGUGGAUGCCAAAAGAGGAAAAGCAAGUGGAUAUGAAAACUGGUCGAGUACGUCGGAAAGCCAUUUUUGGAGAUAAAGAAGAUGAGUCUGGAGAUAGUGACGAUGAAAAUGAUGAUGAAGAUGAUGAAAUAUCUGAGGGUGAUAGGUCGGAAAAUGGCUCUAGUGGUGAUGAGACAGAAGAGGAGGAAGAUGCUGAAAUGACUGAUAAAGAGUACAUGACUAUCGAGGGCAUCAAACGGCGGAAACUGGAGGAGCUGGAAGAAGACAGUGAGGUGGACUUGCCAGCAUUUGCUGACAGCGAUGAUGACCUUGAGAGGAGUUCAGGGGAAGAAGGUGAGGCAGAGGAAGCCAGUGAGAGCAGUGAGGGAGAGGGCUCCACUGCAGGAGGAGAGAGGGCCAUCUUAGAGUCAAAGGCUGCCGGAGAAGGUCGUGAAGCAGGACUGUCAUCAGCUAAUCAUCAGAUUGAUCAUGUGAAUCUGGAAAAGUCUUUGCUGAUGAAAAAAGCAGCACUCACCACUUCCGAUUCUGGUCACUGCACACCUGAAGAGGCGUUUGCAUCUGAAGAUGAACCUGAAGAAAGCUCCUCGCCCAGUUCAGAGGAAGAGGACUCAGAAAAUGAAGAGGUUACUUGGAAAAAUCUUCCAAAGCCUUCUCAAGUAGGCAAUAGUCAGAAACUGGACUCAGAGAACUUAAUUGAUGAGACUAGUGACAUAGAAGAUUUACUCAAAGAAGAAGAUUACAAGGAAGAAAACUAUUCUACAGAAACUUCAGGUGCCCUCAAGUGGAAGGAAGACCUUUCCAGGAAGGCAGCUGAGGCCUUUUUGAGGCAGCAACAAGUAACUCCAAAUCUUCGAAAGCUUAUUUAUGGGACAGUGACAGAGGAUAAUGAAGAAGAAGAUGGUGAUAACCGAGAAGAGCUUGGAGGGUUGUUCCGUGUCAGCCAGCCUGACAGAGAGUGUAAGCACAAGGCCGACUCUCUGGACUGCUCCAGAUUUCUUGUGGAGGCGCCCCAUGAUUGGGAUUUAGAGGAGGUUAUGAACAGCAUCAGAGACUGCUUCGUGACUGGGACGUGGGAAGAGGAUAAAGACGCAGCCAAGGUCUUAGCGGAGGAUGGUGAGUAGAGAGCUGGAUCUUCAGAGAAGACUGGCUGCUCUAGACUUUGUUUUCUUUUCUAUCUUAAACUGUAGUCAGGUUGAAAAUAAUAGUCAAUUGUGAAGUGCUUUCAGGAACUCUGACAGGUGUUAUAGGUAAUAUUUUGGUUUCGCCUCUCAUGAUGAUCUUAUUUUCAACCCUUUAACUGAUUUAUUAGAUAUUAGAGAAAAAUGAGAGGUUUUUCGUAAAUUUUAUCAUGCAUUUGUUAAAAAUAGAUUUAUUUCAUUGAAAAAUGUACUGAAAUAACAUUUGCAUUUUUUUUCUGAUAAUAAAGAUCGUAUGUGUUGUGGAAAAUUUAGAAUAAAGAGUACAUAUCAUACCAGAAUUCCACCACCCAUA